UUGGUUUAUAGGACGAGCCAGUAGUAACUCAGCUCCCAACACUUCUCUCCUGCUUGUUAUCAAGAGUGGAGCUCCUCGGAACAAGACGCAGAGAAAAAGAGGGAAGAGAAUAUAGAAGUUUCUGGAUGAAGUCUUGAGGUUCAUCUUUUGGCUGGGUGGACUUUUUCAUGGCAGGCGGUUGGACACUCCUGGUGCUGGCUCUGCACCUCUUCCUGCAAGUCAAUGCAGACUGUGCGAAAGGAUUUGUCAAUGCGGACUCAGGCUGCGUGGACUUGGAUGAAUGUGUGGCGUACAAUGAUCCGGAGGACCCACCAUGUAUAAACGGACAGUGUAAGAACACAUACGGCAGCUUUGAGUGCUCGUGUCAUGAUGGUUUCAAACCGGCCACUGCUAAAGAAUGUAAAGAUAUCAACGAAUGUGAGGUCGACCGUGACAUCUGCGGACCAACAGCAACAUGCGUCAACAAGAAGCCAUUUUAUUCUUGCUUUUGUCAGGAAGGAUUCGUCCCCAGCAAUGGGAAGGAAGGUUUUCAGAAGGGUGAGAAUGUAACGUGUGAAGAUCGGGAUGAAUGUGAAAUAGAAGACUGUGGACCAAACGCCGCUUGCGUCAACACCAAAGGCGGCUAUCACUGUGUUUGCAAUAAUGGCUUCAGACUGGCGUCUGGCAACAAAACAUUCUCUGGCCCUCCAGAGGAAUGCCGAGACAUUUGCGAGCUUGAUAAGACAAUCUGUGGAAACGGGACCUGCCUCCGCGGACCCCAGGGCCAUCACUGCGCUUGCCAUGCUGGGUACACCAACUAUGGCAACCACCAGUCCCGCUGCACAGAGCAACAUUGCGAUGAGCUACCAGAUCUGUCAGAAAACAACAAAGAUAUGCGUGAGUUUUUCACGCACCUGCGGAGCAACUGUCUGCAGCUCGCCAACAGCAGCAGCGCCACUCACAUCAACGGGGACGACAUGCUUGAGACAAUGCUGUCUGUAAUUGACAGCCUGUUCAGCGCUGGAGCUAUUAAAGACCCCAGGAAAAUCUCAACCUUGCUGGACCUUGUGGAGCUCGCGGUCAAGAUGAUCGGACCUUUCAUUAAACCACCCGGGAAGAAAAUGUCAUCUUUUUAUGCAGAUAUGGAGAUGCGAGUCCACAUUGGCGAAGUACCUCAGAAAAAUGUGACUCUUUCCGCACUGAACAACAAUUUGCAAAUUCACAUGCAAACAGCUGCAGGAGAUCCUUCUGUGUACCCAGGCUUUACCAUGGCUUCGGCUUUGAGCUACACAAACCUGGAAAAUUACACAAAUGACUACGUCACUGGGAUAACAGCGCCGCAGGGCACGCGCCUUAAGAUGAACUCAAAAGUCAUGACUGUCACUGUCAGUAACAGAGACACCAAACAACUGGAGAUGCCUGUGUUUCUAAGGUUUGAGCACCUCAAACAGUCAAAUGACACUCACACGUGUGUGUUUUGGAACUCCUCUGAAGAAGGAGGGAGGUGGUCCCAACAUGGCUGCCACGUGGUAGAGAACACCUCUCAGUACACCCUGUGCUCCUGCAACCAUCUGAGCAGCUUUGCUGUGCUCAUGGCCCUUGUUGAAGUCGAGGACCAGUUUGAGCUGCGACUCAUCACCUGGAUGGGACUGUCCCUCUCACUUGUCUGCCUCUUCGUCUGCAUCCUCACCUUCUCACUGAUCCGCUCCAUCCAAAGCCCGAGAACAACCAUCCACCUGCACCUCUGCAUUAACCUCUUCUUGGCCACCCUCAUCUUCCUGGUUGGCAUAUCUCGCACAGAAAACAAGGUGGGCUGUGCUGUGAUAGCAGGGCUGCUGCAUUUCUUCUACCUGGCAGCAUUUUGCUGGAUGUGUCUUGAGGGAGUCCAGCUCUUCAGGAUGGUAGUUCUGGUGUUCAACACCAGCUUCAAGACCCUCUACAUGAUGGCAGCAGGGUAUGGAGUCCCUGCUCUGAUCGUGGCCGUGUCCGCUGCAACCAACCCAAAAGGAUACGGCACCGAAAGAUACUGUUGGCUGAGACUGAAUUUCAUGUGGACUUUCUUUGGGCCAGUGUGUGUGAUCAUUGCUGUCAAUAUUGUUUUCUUCUUCAUCACUGUGUGGAAGUUAGCCCAGAAGUUCUCAAGCCUGAACCCAGAACUGGAUAAGCUCCAGAAAAUAAGGACAUUUAUCAUCACCGCAGUGGCCCAGCUGAGCCUGCUCGGUACCAUGUGGGUUUUUGGUUGUUUCCAGUUCAUGAAGGACAGCAUAAUAAUGGCGUACCUGUUCACCAUCUCUGGAAGCCUCCAGGGGGUCCUGCUCUUUGUCAUGCACUGUCUCCUGUCCAAACAAGUGACGGACGAAUAUAGGAACAGCCUCACUGCUUUAUGCUCACCUCCGCCGACAAAGUACUCAGACUUCAGCUACGUCUACUCCAGCAAAGCUCCUACUUCCAAGAGCAGCCAGGGCACAGGAGAGUCUCAAACCUGAGGAUCCCCCUGAUAGUUUCUCACAACCCUUACCUCCCAUCUACUGCUGUUCACUUGGCUUUCUGUAAAUGCCUGACUACAUUUGAAUUCUAAAGCGAGCAAGUUUCCGUUCUCAAUGAUAGUUAGCGAUCUAAUUGUGGUUAAGCAAACAGACAUUGAUGUUCAAUUCUGAAACAAAGUUGCACAGAGAAACGGUGCAGCUUGUUUAUUAAAUUACAGUGGUACCUCGGUUUUCGAACGUCCCGGAAUUUGAAGAAAUUGGAGUUCGAACAAAAAUUUCGAAAAAAAACAUAAGGUGCGCGGACCGAUCAGCUGACCCACGACGCGCUUUGUUAUUGUGUAUAACGCAGCCUCUGUAUGCAGACGUGUCCCGUUAGCUACAUUUACUGACUGUUUUUUCUUCAUAUUGAGGUGUAAAACCUUUCCUGUCUCCACACUGGACCGUGGUAGAGUGUCACAGGUGCUCGCUCUCCACACUCCAGGGUUUGAUGUCCUGUUGUGGGCUGGAGCUGGGACAGGGAUGAGGCGAGUCUGGGACAGAGCGUGACUUGGUUUAUGACUUUGUCACAGCCAAACUGCACAGAAGCGCACAUUCAGAGCUGGACACGCACCGGGCACCUCUUCACUUCUGGAGAGACGUCACUCACUCGGCAACCCCUCCCACAUGCAGCGGCCACACACAUAGAGGAACAGCCACCUGCAGCAGACACUCUACAUUCACUCUAACAAAAGCCUAUUUUAAGGCUUGGAAGGCAUUAUCGCUUCGUCUGGAACAGAUUGUGGUCGAGAACCGAGGUACCACUGUAUAUAUAAAUCUAAAAAUGACAAUUUUAAUGAAGGUACUAAUGAGCCAAAAAUGUCAGAUUGUUGUCUACGACCUGCUGAUAUCCUCAUAAUACUGGCAGACACCAAAGAGAAGGCAAUGUUAGAGUAAAUAUAUUUGCUUUUUCAUGACUGUAAAUACUGUUUGUUGCUGUGCAAUAAUGAGCUGUUUCUGGAGUGAUGAAUCUACGGUAUACAUAUGUGUUUAUAAUAUGCUAAGAGCAACUGUUCGAUGUGAAGUCGUGCUCUGGAUUAAGUUUAGUUUUCUUCUAUUUUUAUUCUAUACUUUUAAGAUAAGUUUUUCAUUUUCUUCCAAAAGACUCUUUUAAUUACCGCUCUCCAUAAGAAUGCCUGCCUUGAUAGAUUUAUAAGAUGAAGCCACACAGAGAGGAAAUUGGAGCCUAUCUCUUCCUUCCUGAGCACAAACGUGAAUGUCUGGGGAAUAGGCUGCUCAUACGAUUACCGGUGCUCUUAACAGAAUUUAAACUCAUGCUGAAAGCAGAUUGAACAAGAGGGUUUGCUUAUUGUUUAAAUAAUAAAUCAGUCUUGA